AUGACAUUCCUCCGCAGGUUGCAAUGGAACGACUCCUCCGUUCUAAUCCAUCCUCCAGGGUUCUACAUCAUCGGCUUCACCUCCCUGCCCUUUGCCAACCUCUACUUCAUCUUCCUCGCUUUCGUUUACGUGGUAUCAGUCGUGUUCAACACAUUUGUGAUCUAUAUAAUCAUGGUGGACCAUCGCCUCCACAACCCCAAGUUUAUGGCGGUUGGUAACCUCGCGGUGGUUGAUCUGGUGCUGAAUACUUGCAUUAUUCCCGGUAUGCUAAAGGCGUUUCUUGCUAAGAACAAUUUUGUGCCGUUUAAUCUGUGUAUGGUACAGAUGUAUGUGUAUUAUUCCUUCAUAUCUAUGGAAUCGUUCUCCAUCGCCGUGCUCGCCUAUGACCGUAUGAUCGCCAUAUGUUUCCCUCUGAGGCACGGCUCCAUCAACACCAUGACGAGUAUGUCGUGUAUUCUCGGUGUCAUCUGGUGCUUCUGUCUUGGUAUACAGAUAUUCAGUGCUGCAAUUAUGACCAGGCUGUCCUACUGCGAUUCCGUUAACGUCUACAGCUAUUUCUGUGAUUACGCACCAGUGUUUCGGCUGGCAUGUAACGACAACACCCUGCAAUGGGCUGUGGCUUCAGUUCUGAGCCUGGCUAUCCUCCUCGGCCCACUGUCCUUCAUCAUUCUGUCAUACAUGAGUAUUCUAAUCGCUGUGUUCAGGAUGAAAAGCGUUGAGAGUCGUGUGAAAGCGCUGGCCACCUGCACUGAGCACCUCAUUCUAGUGGCAGUAUUCUUCUUUCCGGUUCUGAUUAUUUUCAUGGUUGGGUUAUUAGCGCGCAUCAAACCAGACCCUGACCUGCGCGUACUGAGCCUGUCGCUGGCCUCGUGCAUCCCGCCCUGUCUCAACCCCAUCGUCUACUCUCUGAAAACUAAAGAGAUCAAGAGCAAAGUACUCACCAUGUUCAGGAGAAUUAAAGUUCAAGUAGUUAACGAUUGAUCUUUACGCAUAGGU